AAGCUCCUCUUCUCCGGGCUGAACAUUCCCAGCUCUCCCAGCCUUUCCUCGCAGGCGGGGCGCUCCAUCGCUCUGGCCACGCUGCCGCCUGCUCCGGGCCCCGCACAGAGCCCGUCUCCAGCCGAGCCGUUCCGGGCCGCGCUCCCAGCCCCGGGGGCGGCACUGGGCGGCGGAGCAGACGCGGAGGGCUCGCGGCCGCGGCGGAGAGCGCGGGCCCCGCCGCCCAGGCCCGGCGCUCCGCGGCCGGCAGAGCUGAGGGCGGGCCGGGCCGGGCGCUCCGCGGAGCCCCUCCUCCGGCGCCACCGCUGUUUCCUGCCCGGCCGGCGGAGAGCCGGGCGCUGCCGCCGCAGGUUGCAAUUCAUAGAGAGCUGUCACUGUACAGCUGAGAAGAAAUUGUCACCUCCCAUUCUUGUUCAUCACCAUAUGGCUUCCCCCAUACGGACAGGCACAGGAUUUGGAGACGCCGGGAUGCCGGUGCGUGCUGAUGACGUGAUGGCGCUGCUCAGCCACGUUGCCACAGUGAAGGGCAUGAAAGCUGCUGUCGCCAAUUCUGGCCGGGGAGCCAUGCUGACAGGUGCAUCAGCAUUUGUGGGGGGGAUGCUGGGAGGCCCUCCUGGAAUCGCUGUAGGAGGAGCACUGGGUGGAUUACUUGGAUGGAUGACUUCUGAAGAUUUCAAGCCAGUCCCUCAGGUUUUAAUGGAAUUGCCUGCUGCUGAGAAGCAGAAACUCUGUGCUGAAGCCAUGGCGGUUGUCCAGAACUUUGACUGGAAGGACGCUGCUGAGCUGAUUAAAUUUGUAAUGUCAAAUUCUUUUAUCAGAGACAAGCUGUUAGGAGUGCUGACCACUUUCCUUAGCAAUGAGUUAAACGCACAAGUAAAAUAUGGAAAAUGAUCCCCUCCAGAGCAGGAUUUUUAUACUGAAUUGCCUUUUACUCCCAUCUUGAAUCUUCAAAGAACCAAUUUCUAGUUGUCAGUACUAAUUACAAAUAUAUUCCGAUAUAAGUAA